AUGGACAAGUUUCGGAUGAUCUUCCAGUUCUUCCAGUCCAACCAGGAGUCCUUCAUGAACGGCAUCUGUGGGAUCAUGGCCCUUGCCAGCACCCAGAUGUACUCAGCCUUUGAUUUCAACUGCCCCUGCCUGCCACACUACAACCUGGCCUAUGGGUUGGGCAUCCUCCUGGUGCCCCCCUUCAUCUUGUUCCUGCUGGGUUUUGUGCUGAACAACAACAUCUCCAUGCUGGCAGAGGAGUGGAGGCGGCCGCAGGGGCAGCGGGGGAAGGACCCGGCUGUCCUGCGCUACAUGUUCUGCUCCAUGGCACAGCGGGCCAUGAUCGCCCCCGCGGUCUGGGUGUCGGUGACACUGCUGGACGGCAAGUGCAUCACCUGUGCCUUCUGCACCUCGGUGCCUGUGGAGACCCUGGGCAAUGCCAGCCACCCCCACCUCUCCCAGGGGGAGAUACAGCAGGUCCUUGCCCGAAUCCCCUGCAAGGACAUCUACAAUGGGCAGCAGCUCAUUGCCAAUGAAGUGGCAGUCAGGUACCUGCGCUGCAUCUCACAGGCUCUGGGCUGGUGCUUUGUGCUGCUGAUGACCACUCUGGCUUUCUUGGUCAGAUCACUUCGGCCUUGCUUCAGCCAGGCUGCCUUCCUGAAGAGCAGAUACUGGUCCCACUACAUCGACAUCGAGCGCAAGCUGUUCGAUGAGACGUGUGCGGAGCACGCCAGGAGCUUUGCCAAGGUCUGCAUCCAGCAGUUCUUCGAGGGCAUGAGCACAGAUCUGGUGGCUGCUCGCUGCCACCUGCCCAGGAAAACUCCUGCCGAUGCAGGGGAAGCUGCUGAGAAGCUCUUGGGCAUCACCGACCAGGGCACCAUGAACAUGGCCCUGAAGAGCUGGCAUCGAUGCAAGCCCCCACUGCACCUCCACCCACCUGUCCUUCCUGCUGGAAAUGGCUGGGCAGGAGAAGGGAAGCCCCUCAAGCACCCCUCUGCAUCCCAAAGAGAGACAGCUGCCUACUACAGCUGGGUGUGA